ACUGUAAGCAUGUCGUGGUCCUGGCUCAGCAAAUGCAGUUCAGGUGUUGACCGUAUUCCAGAGAGAUGCGGUAUUUGGUUAUCAUUCGUUGGAGGUCAAGUAUAGAUAGGGUAUUUCGUUUUUUUUUUUAGGCGUACUUUAAAUGAAUCAAGGAUCAAUGUGGGCAUGGAUAUCGUCUCCUCUCCCGACAAUAUAUCGUUUCCGCAUUCCCGCAGCCAUCGGUAUUGUGUCCCUGAUUCAUCGCAGCACAAAACCGGUUUAUCCUGAUUGUCAGCCUAACUAUCGCUGAUGCUGCACUAUGUUUGUUGUGAAGGGAGAAAAGGGAGAUCGAAGACGUCUCGAAACUGUAGGCUAAUAGGCCUCUGGCGUUCCUAAAUAGGCACAUUUAUUUUCGCGUCGUAUUUGUCGCGGUUCCCUUCAAAAACCUGGGAUACCUCGGCGUUGCUAUUGGUUUGGGAUGGAAGGUUGUUGUCGUUGUUGCAUGCCAUGUUGUAGUCGGCUGUGGAACUGGAUAUGGCCCGAAUUCCAUUACCCAAAUAUCACCCGACCAGCCGAAAUCCCCACUAUUUCAGGUGAUAUCCGUGCUCCGUCCCCCAAGAAGAAACCGACUCAGCUCUAUGCGGCUCUGUUCGAUUUCGAAGCCCGGAGCGAGGAGGAGCUGACUAUCAAGGAAGGGGACAAGCUGUCGGUAAUAGAAAAGAGGGGGGAUUAUGUGCUUGCCAAGAAACUUACCGGUUCGAUGGAGUCCGGACUGGUCCCGGCUACUUAUGUGGCCAUUUUACAGGACGAGUUUGCUAAUCACAAGUGGUACUAUGGGAACAUUAACCGGGUGAAGGCUGAGAAACUGCUCCUGGCCUCUCAGAAUAAGGAUGGCUCGUUCCUGGUGCGGAUCAGCGAGAGCCACAGCGAUGAAUACACCAUCUCAGGCAGAAACAGUGGGAAAGUCUUCCAUUUCCGAAUCCAGCGUUCAUUGAUUGGGGCAUACUUUGUGUCGGACAAGAUUUCCUUUGCCACUCUGGAGGAGUUGAUCCGAUACUACCAGAACAACUCCAGGAGUCUAGGAGUGCCUCUGGAUGAGCCAUGUGCACAGCAGAGAGAGCUGUUUGACAUGGAGCCUUGGGAGUGUCCUCGGGAGGAGUUUAAACUGCACGUGAAGCUGGGGGAGGGCCACUUUGGAGAGGUGUGGGAGGCCCUGUGGACCAGCCAGAAAAAAAGGGUGGCCAUCAAGAUGCUUAAACAAGAGGACACUAAGCUGGAUGAGUUCGUGAAGGAGAUCCAGGCCCUGAAGAACCUCCACCACCCCAAGCUCAUCCAGCUGUUGGCCCUGUGUUCCAGAGGAGAGCCUGUCUACAUAGUCACUGAGCUCAUGACCAAGGGCAGCCUCAAGUCCUAUCUGGGCACGCCGGAGGGUCAGGUGCUAACCUCUGCCCACCUCAUCUACAUGGGCAGCCAGGUUGGUGAGGGCAUGGCCUACCUGGAGGACCGACACAUUGUGCACCGGGACCUGGCGGCCAGGAACAUCCUGGUGGGAGAUGACCUGGUCUGUAAGGUGGCUGACUUUGGCCUGGCACGGAUCAUUAAGGACAGUGUGUACACGGCCAGUAGAACCACUAAGAUCCCAGUGAGAUGGACAGCCCCUGAGGCUGCUCUCUAUCAGCGCUUCUCCGUCAAGUCUGACGUCUGGUCCUUCGGUGUGCUGCUCUACGAGAUGAUGUCACGAGGAAAGAUGCCAUACGACGGGAAGAGCAAUACGGAGGUGCUGGAGCUCCUGUCGACAGGCUACAGGUUGCCCUCUCCCAGUAGGUGUCCCCCCAACAUCUAUCGCAUCAUGUUGGAUUGCUGGAAUGCCGAGGCCUCCAAGCGGCCCUCCUUCCACGCCCUGCACAGCCAGCUAGACACCAUCUACACCCGCAUCUACUUCAAGACCAUUGAGGUCUAGAGCUGAAGGAGGAGGCCAAGAGACAUGGCUCAUAGAGACUUCGCUCACACAGUACACAGUGAUGGAGGACAUGGCCAUUGAGACUGGAGAGUGAUGAGCCAUAGAGGACAUCUUCUGGAAUUUACUGCUCUACCAAUGGAAGACAACUUUUUGAACUGUCAACGCAUGAUAUUUAGAGAUGUACUAAUACAGUUUUGGAAAUAUGAGCCAUAAAUGUCAUUUAUUCUUCCUUGAUUUGAGUUUCUUCCAUAUUUGAGAAGGUGUCCUCUCGAUUAUGCCAUUGGGUAUUUAACAGAAAUGAUGAUAAUAAAA